AUGUUACUCAGUCUUAAAGAUGCAUAUGAAGAAGCAUUGAGAAGAAAUGACGUGAAAGCCAUUGUGGUUACAGGUGCAAGAGGAAAAUUUUCUGGAGGUUUUGACAUCACAGCUUUUGUUGGCAUUCACUCGUUAUCCGUGGACCAGCCGAAGGUUGGGUUUAUUUCAAUAGAUAUCAUCACCAAUAUGUUAGAAGGUGCAAGAAAACCAUCAGUGGCAGCUAUUGAUGGCGUAGCUCUUGGCGGUGGCUUAGAGGUUGCAAUGGCAUGCCAUGCUAGCAUUUCCACUUCAACUGCUCAACUAGGCUUGCCCGAACUUCAACUUGAGAUUAUUCCAGGAUUCAGAGGUACUCAACAACUACCAAAAAGUUGUUGAACUCCUAUGUUACCUGAUGAUACAAAGCAUCCAUCUCCUCAUCCAUUUGAAACGCCUCAUGAUAAGUAGUAGGAACAAAGACGGUAGAUAAACAAGAGGCAAAACAGAAAAGGUAGGAGAUAAAUGUGACAAAGAAAUAACAUUAGAAAUAAAAUGUUUGGUAUUGCAAAACCAGUUAUCUUUCUGAAGAGCUAUAGAAAGUUUAGAAUCCUUAGUUGAAGUAGAUUGAAAGUAGGGUGUACUGGUGAUUUGCAUGUUAGUCUGCUUUCAUCCUUGAUAGGUCUUGGAUGAUAGUUUUUCGUUUGCUAGCAGGAAGAAAGGGUGCAGAGGAUGACAUGCAAUUAAUCAAUAACAUGUAGUUAAAACAUCACCCCCAAAAUUCUUUCGAGUAUAUAAUAUGUGCAUAUAAAUCAACAAGUUAUGAUCAAUAUCAAGCAAGUGACAAUUCUUGCGUUAGCAAUACCAAUUUGUAGUGGCAUGUGAGAACAAGAAGGUUGAUGAAUGAUGCUAUAAGAUGAACAAUAAUCUAAAAGGCAUUUUACAUAUUUUCUAUAACAUUAUUAGGUCCUAAAUUUUAAUAGAUCAUUCACAUCAAUUCAUAGUUAUUCGAUGAAUCUUAGUAAACAAGAAAGGAAUUUUGACCGAUCUUCCAUUGAAAACAAUCAUGUAUUAUAGAAUUAUCAUCAAUAAAAUAGCAAAUAUGAAAAACCAGAAAUGUUUUCAACUAGAUAUGACCCCAAAUAUCAAUGUGAAUUUCAAAUGGAGAACUACAACUUUUAUUUUGCUAUAUGCAGUAAGACCUAUUAUACUUACCUAACUGACAUAAUACACGCUUCAGCUUAGAUACAGACAUAACUGAAUGACCUAGCAAAUACAGAAGCUUUAGAGAGGCAUAACCAAAUCAAUGUCUGUCAUUGAAGAGCUAAAACAUCAGAUGCAAUGGUCUUCGCUGGGUUACAGAAUUGAAUAUAAUAACGUCGCCAUAUUGAUAACUCCAUCAAGUGUUUUCUUCGUUAAAAUCCUGGAACACACUUUAAGGAGGAAAAUUCAAAAUUAUAGUCAAACGACCAAUGAAUAAAGUUUAAAAGGGAAAUGUUUAACAUAUUGCAUAUUAGACAAGCCUGAGAAAAGCAUGACCUAACCGAUAGUUCCAUUAAAGAGCUGGAACAUAGGAUAGAACAAUAACAAUGGGUACAUGAGGUGGUUACUGAAUUAAAGAUAAUAAAGUCCAUCAUGUUCAUAACCCUGACCAAUCAUCUUCUACGUUUGAAAAUCUUGUAAUACAUGAUGAUGUAGAAAAGUUAGACAGCAUUUAAUUUUUUUUUCAAAUGACUAGAAAAUAGAAAAUUAUGAGGAACAUCUUUAAACAUGUUGCAAGCUAGACAAAGGUAUGCAAUGGUGUUGAACUAAUGAUUUUGGUGCCAAUAAUAGAUAGACAAUGAAUGACCAUCAUCAAAGAGAACAAAAUACUGGAAACUAAUAUUAAAAGUAGAAUAUGUGUUAGAUUUACCUGCUCUAAAAUCGACGGUCCAAAAAUUGACCAAGAACUUGCAACACGUGAUAUCUGAACGUGCCAGAGUAGGCAUAUUUUGUUAGAUAUGGGUUGAAUCUUCUGAAGUAGGAAAUUAUGUUCAUAGAGCUUUCAAAAGACUGAUGCAUGGCAAUGGAAUCCUGUCUAACCAAAUAACAGAGCUAAUUUUGUCAAACAUAUACAAGAUAUAAGAUGAAAAUGUUCGAUCUUGUCGGCCAUAAAGUUUCUAGCAUUUACCCACAAUAUGAUUAGUUUGAUGAUGAUUGUUACAAUAAAAAUGCUUGUUUUGGCCUCCAUUGCCACCAUGACCAGCACGACCUCUACAACCACUACGACCAGACUUUCAUGACUAGUUAUGUGACCAUGACCUAAUAGAGCACUAGGUCAGGUAAAGAAGACCUAUACAGUACUCAUGAAAAAAAAACCCACCGCAGUAAUAAUGAAUCAAUUUGAAUGCUCCAUUAAGAUUUCACUAUCUGAUAAUACCAUGAAAUAUACGAAAAUGCUAUACGAAAAUGCUUUCCAGAAUCAUUACAUUCAUGGCACCAUUUAUUGGACAUUUUGUGCUCACACAUGCAAGAAUAAAAUGGCAUUCCUCAGUGCAAUAAUUGUUACUUGCUUGAUAUUGCAUAAAUUUAUUAGAUUGUAAGAUUGUUACAUACUACUGUGCAGAGUGAUAAUUGCAAAAUCUAAGAAUUUUUUUUAUUUUCUGGGUUUGAGUUGGAGUCUCUUGUUGCUGUGCGCUAAUACUAUGAAAUAUACAAAAAUGCUUUCCGGAAUUAUUACACUAAUGGCACCAUUUAUUGAACAUUUUGUGCUCACACACACAUGAACAAAAUGGCAUUUCUCAGUGCAGUAAUUGUUACUUUCUUGAUAUUGCAUAAAUUUAUUAGAUUGUAAGAUUGUUACAUGCUACUGUGCAGAGUGAUAAUUGCAAAAUCCAACAAAUUUUUAUUUUCUGGGUUUGAAUUGGAGUCUCUUGUUGCUGUGCGCCAAACAGAUUCUUGGAUGUUCUUCUUUGUAUUCUUGUGGAUUUUCUUUUGGGGGGGUUUAAACUUCUUUGUUGGGAUUUGCUUAUGCUUAAAAUGUAGAAAGGAUUUGCUUCUCCUCAAAUUGUUGCAUGAGAAUGUGUGCUACGUAAACGUAAAUGUUUUAGUUCUCCUUGAAUUUAAGUGGGUAUAGGAGAGAACAUGACUCUUGUUCUACCUGAAAGUUAAGCUUAGGUCUGCCCUUGCAUCGUCUAGUUGAGUACAAAGAUCCUGCCAGAAACGUCCUUAUCAAGUGUUUAUAUUGCGGUUGUAAUUGUUCUUUUUCAUAUUAAGGAUGCUAGCAGCUUUAUGUUGAUGAUGCAUAUGUGAAGCGUCCUUAUUUAUCAUAUUGAUUACUGGUUAUGUUUUUUUUUUUCCAACCUUGUUGAUUGCCUUUCUACUUUAGCUGUUGUUAUUUUCAGUGAAAUUGGUCUGCUUGUUGAUUCAUUGAGUAGUUGAAUGCUUGGGAAAGGCCUGUUUUCAAGGACAUAUGCUGUUGUGACUUUGUUGAUUCCUACUUACAGGAUUGGACUGUUGAACUUCCCCACCAACCAGGCAUUUUGCUUAACUACUCAUUAGCUAGUUAAAGUUUUCAAAGGAUAUCAAAGACAUGCUAGGCACAGGAGCGAAACCUGGGACUUUUCUAACUCAUAUCAUCACUUUUUUUAAAAAAAAUGUGAAUUAUGUUAUCUCUAGCAUUCAUUUAUGCCAUAUAUAGCAUGUUUGAGAUCCGUGUGGACAUUUUUCAAAGUGCUUUCUGUAUCGAGUCUGAUCAACUUGUUAAGAAUUUGAGAGGUGAACACCUGCUGCCUCUAGGUCUUCCUACCGCGUAGCACCACUAUCAAGCAGGAAUAUUAAAAUUGAUAGCUGGUCCAUAGUCGUGCAUCUUUUUCUUUGAUACUUGAUUUAUUGCCUAUAGUUUCCAAACUUAUAAUCGAAUUUUGAAGAUUAAUUGUGGUGCCGAGGCUCUCCUUUUUCUCCCCUCACCUGUUUUCUUAUAUUUAUC